AUGGCUGGAGACAAUGCUGUGAUCUAUAAUGCUAUCACGGGGGCUUGCGUAAGCGCUAAUAUCCGAUUGUUUUUAGGUGUGGAAGACCUACAGCGUUUUACAAGUCAACAGUUUAUGAUCCCCAUCGACCAAUGUUUUAUCUUACUGCCUUAUGGGGUUAAGUUGAAAAAGGCUUCUUUUUUGAACUGUCGCAGACAGCCAGAAAGAGCUGAGUUUUAUGUGUUUGACAGGAGACUUUUUUCAUUUGCGCAGGACCCAAGUUCCGGGGAAGGUCGUGUGGACUCACAAGAGCUGGAAACUUUGUUAGACAGUGUUACCAGAUCUUGUAAUGUAACCCUCAUAAAGCCUAUCACUUCUCCGCUGCUCGAAGUUGCCAACAUGACUAAUAAUCUAGACCAUCGCAAGAUCACAAGUCUUUUAACAACUAACAUGGGCUGGCUCAGUGCUCUCGAAAUAGACGCACAUUACUUCUACUCGAUGAUCCAUAGCACUAUUUCUGAGAUGCGGAAUAUUUUUCAGUGUAUGACUAUCUGCACACAAUACCUGAAGCUUUACUGCUACGAUAUAGAAAAGCUACAUGAUUCCAAUGUUGAGUUCUUAAAUCAACUUACCAAAGAUAGCAGCGUUUAUCGAUGGAGAAGGGUAUUUGAAGAAGUUUUGAAGAAGCUCAACACAGUGAACAGCGAGAAGGAAGAACGGCUCAGUGAUUUUUUGAGUAUUGAAGACCUUGAGAGCCAUUCCAAUAACUUUUUAGCAACAAACAAGGUGAUUUCUUCAAAGCUACAACAAUUGAAGGGCCAAAUUAAUGAGAGCCUCGAUAAAAGGCAGCACAUUUCAUUAAAACUGCAAAGUUUAAAGUCUCAAUUUGAAGAGCCUGCGUCGAACUACGAGAUGGAGAGCCAUAUGAUGGAAAGGUUUGAUGAAAUGAUUUACGAUCUCAAAAAAAGCACGCGUGAAACACUGGAGAUGGGAUCAGAUGAAAUCUCACCUGAGUUACUCGUAACCAUAUCGCAGAAAAUCCUUGAAGACAAGAAUUCUGUCAUACCCAAACUUUUCACCGUUGCGCAGUCACUUUACCUUCAAGCCGAGGAAUUACUUGCUAAAAAAAGACAGUUGCAAGAACAGGUCAUGUUUGUGUUGAGCCAGACAGCUUUCGUUCAGUUUCAUAUCUUGGGUGUCAAAAGAGCUCUCCUCAAAGAAUGUAAUCAGCAACUUGAAUCAUUGCAAGAGCUGGAGCUUCGUCUGUCUCAGGUUGAGGAUUUUCCCAUUUUUUAUGGAUUGCGACUCAUUGAGCAGUUAAGGAGGAAUAAUUGGCUUGGACAGCUUGAAAAACUCGAGCGAAAUAUGCGGCAAGAAUUCCAGGUCAUUAGUGAGGCAGAGGAAAAGUACCGUCAAAAAUGGGAUGAGACAUUUGGGCAACUGGCUCAUAUCUCCAACAUGACUAAUGCUGAUCUUGUUGGCUUCAAAGAUUUUCCCACCCCAAACCCCAAGAGGUGGUCAAGUUCAGAACUAGCCUCCACAAUUGUCACAACAGAAAAGAUUGAAAAAUACUUAGCGCAACUUUCGCAGAGAGAUAUUUCAGCAGACAGCAUAACGCUUUUGAAGAAAAAUUUUGUUAAUGCUAACAGAGUCUCGGUCACAUCUAACCAAUUCUCAAGCCUUACGUCUUUCGAUUGGAAUGUUUCCAAGCCCGCUGAAUCAGAUGUUAUUAAAGGGUAUCAAAUCAGGAUCAGGAAGUUAGAGGCUUUAUUACAUGACGCAAAGUUCUCCAACAUAAAUGCUUGGCCCUCCGGAGUAAUAAACAACACAAUCUUGACUGCUUUCGAAAACAAUGUGCCUCCAGUUAAUGUGAAAAUGAACAUGUUGUUGUCGGGUGAAAAGGAAGGUGGUUGUUAUGUUCAAGAGGAGGCUGGAAAAGAAAUCUCGAGGCUCAAGAGAGAACUUGGGAACCAGAAGGAGGAGACUACGCUAUUCAGAGAGGAGUCUAGAAAGAUGCAAACGCAGCUAGUCGAUUUGGAAGAUGAGAGAAACGCAUAUCAGGAGACACUAAAGACGUUAAAUCAAGAGAUAUCAAAAUUAACCCUUGAACGCGAGCAGAAAAAGCUAGCCCAAGACGAACUUCUCAUCAAAAUAAAAGGGGAUAUUGAAACUGUUAAUAAAUUGAACACGUCUCUUGUUAAUGAGUUCGACUCAUGGAAAGACAAGUGCAACAGACUGAGCGAGCUCAACGAUGACCUUCAUUCAAGAAUCGCCCACCAGGAGGAUACGUUUAGGGAGGAGAAGCUAAAUCUCGAGGGAGAUUUAUCAGAUCUACGAAAAGAAGUUGCUUCCUUGAAGACCGCUAAUGAAGCACUUGUGAGUGAGCAAGCUUCUUUGAAGUCUUCGAAUAUAGUUAAUCUCUCGAAAGCCCUCAAUGAUCGGAUGCAAUCAAAGCUCUUUGAGAUAUUUUCCAGCGACGUGUACAUUUUGGAAAACAUUGGCCUUUUAUUGUCUCAGCUUGAUGAAUCUCAUUUUCAAAUUACGCGUGUUAAAGGCCUUCGUAAAGGCCAAGUGCAAGGUGAGCUUGAUGAAAGUACCUUAGAAAGUAAAGUGUCACCUUCCAUCAAGAGUAAUGUUUUCCAAGCUGUGAAGUCAUUCUAUGAAGCUUCAGUUCAUUCAGGCGAUUUCGAGUCACAAAAAGAUUUUUUAGCAAGCAUUGACAAAUUGUUUGAAAAUGGGUUGUAUGAGGCCUCAGUAAUAAAGCGCUUCAAAGACAUUGAAGCUCUGGCGAAAAAACUGACCAAAGAAAACAAGUUUAAAAGAGGUUUACUCGAAACUUAUCAGCGGGAAAAGAUCACAAUAAAAAAUUUCCAAGUUGGAGACAUGGCCUUAUUUCUUCCUACGCAAGACGUUCCAGAUUCGGUGGCAUCAUCUGUCUCCUCUCUUACCUCCUCGUUUUCUUCUGUCGACCUUUCAACACCGCCUCCCUUGGGAGCUAACUCUUCACAUGCUGUUAAUAGCCACAACAAAGGGAAAAAAAUACACGAUGGUUCAAGACCUUGGGCAGCCUUUACCGCAUUCGAUGACUCAACUCGCUACUUGCUGCGAGACAACGAAAAGUUCACACUAGAUAGAGACUGGUUCGUCGGUAAAAUUACUUCAGUGGAGCGUAGUACAUCGAGCGAAACGAGUUCGACCACCUAUAAGCUUCCUAAAGGGACCAACUGGGUCCAGGUAACCGCCGAAUUCAUUACGGCUAAAAACUUCUAA